AUGGCAUACCCUAGGCCCGAUUCCUUCUCGUUAGACGACGAGCGGAUGUACAGCAUGAGCCAUCCGAGCCCCCUCACUCGUCCCAAUGAUACCUUCGCCAAGGGACCCGAUCCUCUGUCGGCUAACUGGAGCUACGACAAUGCCAUCGAUCUGUUCUCCCUCAACACCAUGAUGCCGGAGACUUUCCCCUUGGAGAUGUCCAACGAGAUGAUGAACUUGGACCCCAAGGAUUUUCCCGCCGACUUCUUCGCCCCACCCCCAGAUAUCAGUGCGUUCACCAUCUCCAACCACUCGGGUGAAGAUGCUGCCUCCUGCGGGUCUCUCUCAUCGGACCUCGACAGUGAUGAUCAAUCAUGGUCUCCUACCUGCCGUGUCUCUCCCAUUGAGCCUAUCCACAUGGAGCUGCCUAAGCCUGCUGCUCGUACUUCCAAGACAUCUACUCGUCGCAAGACGACGUCUCAACCGAAGCCUCGCGAGGUUACCGCGACAAGGUGGUCAUCCAGUCCGGAAAUUACACCGCAGGACUACCCCGCCACCAGUGUCUCACCCCCGCCCGCCCCCUCCUCCCCUGCCGCCAACAACACCGCCCGCAAGACCACCCGCAGUCUCUCCAGUGACUCCAACGCCAGCACGGGUCAGGCCCAGACCACCACCGGCCGCAAUGCGGCGAAGCGGGCGGCACACAACAUCAUCGAGAAGCGGUACCGCACGAACAUGAACGCCAAGUUCGUCGCCCUGGAGAAGGCGAUGUGCGGCGGAGUCCAGAAGCCCACCAAGGGCGGCUCGGCGUCGCUGAAGAAGUCGGAGAUCCUGACCAAUGCCAUCACCUUUAUGCAAGAAUUGCAGGAUGAGAACAAGGCGCUCCAGAAGGAGCUUGCCAUGCUCAAACAAAGCAUGGUCCCGAACGGGAUGUGGCGACAUAGCAAGGGGAGUGAGGCGUUUCACGCAUAA